AUGUACACUGAUUUUUAUGAUGUCAAUUGUAAUCAUUUACCGUCACGUAAGGUUGAUUUUGUUUUCAGACCUUCAGGCACCAAUCCAUCUACAUCUGAGCCAUCCAGUGAGCCACCCAGCGAGAUAUCAAGCGAGACGCCGGAAGAAAUCCAUGCGCACCUAGCCAAGGUGUUCCAGGACUCUCAGGGUUCCAUGACUGGCCAUAAGAGACAGGUCAUAAUGAUUAGAGCCCUUCAAGAACGUGCUAACACCUUAGGCCUCGAAGACUCAUUCAACGAUGUGUUCUGUACUCUGAUCAACAAGGUGUUGGUCGUUAAGAGGACGGAACCUGUGGGGGACCGUAUUGCGAAGUUAGUCUGUGCGUUUAUCACAACGUUGCAAGAUGACUAUGACGUUGAGGAAGAAAAAGGAGAAGGGGAGGAACAAGACGAGGGGGAAGAAGAUACACUCAGCUCGAGAUUUAUUCAUAUGUUCAUUACACAUCUACUCCGAGGUAUCGAGAGUAAGGAUAAGACGGUGCGCUACAGAGUGGUACAGCUCUUAGACUUCAUCAUGGGAGGUAUGCGUGAGAUUGAUGACGAGCUUUACGAGUCCUUGUUGUUCCAAUUGGACAAGAGAAUCCACGAUAAGGAACCAUACAUCAGAAUCAAGGCAUUGCACUGCAUAGCAAGAUUCCAAGAUGGUGAAGAAAUAGAUGAGGCCACUGGUAAACUCAUUGUGGCCAUUCAGAAUGAUCCCUCUCCUGAAGUUAGAAGAGCGGCAUUGUUGAACUUGGUCAAGAAUGAAACAACAACGAACUACUUGUUGGAAAGAGCCAGAGAUACAAAUGCUAUCAAUAGAAGAUUGGUCUAUUCAAGGGUUGUCAAAGAAAUUGGUGAUUUCAGAACUAUUCGCUCCAGCACAAGGGAAAAAUUGUUAUCGUGGGGGUUGAAAGAUCGUGAUGAAUCAGUUCAAAAGGCGUGCGUGAAAAUGUUUGGCCAAGAUUGGCUUGCCACCGUAGAUGGUGAUCUAAUCGAACUCUUGGAGAGACUACAUAUCUCCACUUCUGAAGUUGCAGAGCUUGCAAUGAAGAAAUUUUUUGACCUUAGAAGGGAUCUCACCUCAAAGAUUACUUUUCCUCAAGAGAUCUGGAGUAAAUUGACUCCAGAAAUUGCGUUUUUAGCAAGAUCAUUUUAUGAGCACUGCAACGAAAAUACAUUGAACGAUGUGAUUGAUGCAAACUAUCCAGAAUCUGCUGAAUUGGCUGCCCUAUUGACAAAAUACUUGCAGGAAAGAAAUAAGAUCAGAGAUUUGAGCGAUGAUGACGAACAGGACAUCACUUUUGUAAUCUUACAGUUGUUGACAAUUGCCGUGGAUUACGAUUUUAGUGAUGAAAUUGGAAGAAGGGCAAUGUUACAAGUUGUGAGAUCUUCUUUAGCCAAUGAUAAGCUUACUGACGAAUUAUGUUCUGCUGCACUUCAGGUUUUGAAAAAGUUAUCCAUCAAUGAACGAGACUUCUCAGCAAUGGUGUCUGAAAUAAUUACAGAUAUCUAUGAUAUUGAGUAUAAGGAGGACAUGUCAAAGGAAGAUGAAUCAAAGAUGACAUACUGUUUGUCAAUUGCUAAGGCCAUGCUAAGAUUAUUGAAUGAACCGUUGUCAGAACACAUGUCUGUGGAUUCUCUUAUAGACUUGUUACUCAACCCCGCAGUUAGAUCAAGAAGGCCUCAUAUUAGAGAACUAGGAACUGAGGCUUUGGGACUCUGUUGUCUUCUUGAUGUCAAUUUGGCCACAGAUCAGCUCUAUUUAUUUGGUCUCUGUCUUUCCAGAGGUGAACAAAAACUUCGUCUCAUAGCAAUCAAAGCAAUGUUUGAUAUUUUAUCGGUCCAUGGUACAAAGGUUUUGGAUGCAGAAGAUGGUGUCGAUUCUCUGUCUUUUCAUAAAUUGCUUUACAAGACUUUGAAAAAUGACCAGUUUCCUGAGCUCCAGGCGCUUUGUGCAGAAGGGUUGUGUAAAUUGUACCUAGCUGAUGUUUUAACUGAUGACGAACUCUUUGAAACGUUGGUUUUGACCUACUAUAAUCCGGUCAAUGCAGAGAAUCAAGGUUUGCUCCAAGCUUUUGCAUUCUGCUUACCAGUAUACUGUUUCUCUCAUCAAAAUCACCAACAAAAGAUGAGCUCAAUUGCGGCCGACGCGUUUACAAGGUUAUACUCAGCUCAUGUCGAUGAAAUGUCUGACCAAGAGACACAACUGUUGUCGCCUAGUUUGAUAUUGCAACAGUUGACUUACUGGACAGAUCCAGCAAACGUUGUGAAUCGUACAGAAGAUGAGGUUGCCAGCACGACAACUCAUUUGGAUAUGGCCAUUGAUUUCUUGAAAACUUUUGAUGGCAGACCAUCAAAGAAAUACAGAAAAACUGUCCUUAUGACUCUUUCGAGAUUUAACAUUGGUAAUCAAGUUCCAUUGGAAAAAGUGGAGGAUCUUUUGAAUGUCAUCGAUAAAUUUAAAGAGGAGAUUGAGGAAGACCUGGACACACCCGGAAAGAAUGCCAUCAGAAAACUCCAGACUCGUAUUGAGGCUAUUGAGAAAGACAUUCAAGGGCGUCAUGUUGUAAGCCAAGAGGAUAAAGAAUUUUCCGUGAUACUUGAACAAGAUGAAGAAGAAGACAAAGAAGAAGCUGCAGAAGAAGAAGAUAUUGACGAAGAGUUUGAAAAGGAGCAAAGUCGGGUUAUCAAUAACGAGGACGAGGAAUCAAGUAGCGAUGAAGAAGAAAGCGAUUCUGAUGAAGAUGUUGGUGAUGAUCUUGUUCCUGGCGGACGCGCACAUUCAAGUUUAUUGGAUUCAGAUGGUGAUUUAUCUAUGGACGAGUGA